UCCUAUGCUUUAAUUAUGCCUAUUUUUUUCUUGAUUCGCAGGUCUUUGCCCAAAUUGAGCAGUCAAGACGAAGAAGGGGGGGCUGGUCAUGGCUUUGGUGGCGGACCGCAACACUUUGAACCCAUUCCUCACGAUCAUGAUUUCUGCGAAAGAGUCGUUAUAAAUGUAAGCGGAUUAAGGUUUGAGACACAACUACGUACGUUAAAUCAAUUCCCGGACACGCUGCUUGGGGAUCCAGCUCGGAGAUUACGGUACUUUGACCCGCUUAGAAAUGAAUAUUUUUUUGACCGUAGUCGACCGAGCUUCGAUGCGAUUUUAUACUAUUAUCAGAGUGGUGGCCGACUACGGAGACCGGUCAAUGUCCCUUUAGACGUAUUUAGUGAAGAAAUAAAAUUUUAUGAAUUAGGUGAUCAAGCAAUUAAUAAAUUCAGAGAGGAUGAAGGCUUUAUUAAAGAGGAAGAAAGACCAUUACCGGAUAAUGAGAAGCAGAGAAAAGUCUGGCUGCUCUUCGAGUAUCCAGAAAGUUCGCAAGCCGCCAGAGUUGUAGCCAUAAUUAGUGUAUUUGUUAUAUUGCUAUCAAUUGUUAUAUUUUGUCUAGAAACAUUACCCGAAUUUAAGCAUUACAAGGUGUUCAAUACAACAACAAAUGGCACAAAAAUCGAGGAAGACGAGGUGCCUGACAUCACAGAUCCUUUCUUCCUUAUAGAAACGUUAUGUAUUAUUUGGUUUACAUUUGAACUAACUGUCAGGUUCCUCGCAUGUCCGAACAAAUUAAAUUUCUGCAGGGAUGUCAUGAAUGUUAUCGACAUAAUCGCCAUCAUUCCGUACUUUAUAACACUAGCGACUGUCGUUGCCGAAGAGGAGGAUACGUUAAAUCUUCCAAAAGCGCCAGUCAGUCCACAGGACAAGUCAUCGAAUCAGGCUAUGUCCUUGGCAAUAUUACGAGUGAUACGAUUAGUUCGAGUAUUUCGAAUAUUUAAGUUAUCUAGGCAUUCGAAGGGUUUACAAAUAUUAGGACGAACUCUGAAAGCCUCAAUGCGGGAAUUAGGUUUACUUAUAUUUUUCUUAUUUAUAGGCGUCGUACUCUUCUCAUCGGCGGUUUAUUUUGCGGAAGCUGGAAGCGAAAAUUCCUUCUUCAAGUCCAUACCCGAUGCAUUUUGGUGGGCGGUCGUUACCAUGACCACCGUUGGAUAUGGUGACAUGACACCCGUCGGCGUUUGGGGCAAGAUUGUGGGAUCACUUUGUGCCAUUGCUGGCGUGCUGACCAUCGCACUGCCGGUGCCGGUCAUCGUCAGCAAUUUCAACUACUUCUAUCACCGCGAAACGGAUCAGGAGGAGAUGCAGAGCCAGAACUUUAAUCACGUUACUAGUUGUCCAUAUUUGCCAGGUACAUUAGGUCAACAUUUGAAGAAAUCCUCACUCUCCGAAUCGUCGUCGGACAUAAUGGAUUUGGAUGAUGGCAUUGAUGCAACCACGCCAGGUCUGACUGAUCACACAGGCCGCCACAUGGUGCCGUUUCUCAGGACACAGCAGUCAUUCGAGAAGCAGCAGCUCCAGCUUCAGCUGCAGCUGCAGCAGCAGUCGCAGUCGCCGCAUGGCCAGCAGAUGACGCAGCAGCAGCAGCUGGGCCAGAACGGCCUAAGGAGCACAAAUAGUUUACAGUUAAGGCACAAUAACGCGAUGGCCGUCAGUAUUGAGACCGACGUCUGACUACUAGGUGAGUAUUGGUU